GGCACCUGAUAAACGGUAACCGAUACGGUGCAUCAAAAUACACGUUAUCAAUAAAUUCUAAUACAUAUUUAAAAAGCUCCAUAUGUAAAAGUAUCGAGCUUUUUAAAUAAAAUCCGAGACCCAUAAAUAAAUGUGACACCCACUGGUCGAAGCUCAAUCAAGAACGUUGCGACACCCACUGCCGAAUUAUCUCGAUCUAACAUCGACUACUGCGGACUCUGUCCUCUUUCGAGGGCAGUCCCAGCACCCAGUAGUCGAAGCUUGAUCGAGAACGUUCCAGUACAUACUGUCAAAUUAUCUCGAUCUAACAUCGACUACUGCGGACUCUGUCCUCUUUCGAGGGCAGUCCCAGCACCCAGUAGUCGAAGAAUGUUUUGUUGAAAAUAAUGAUUAUUUAAAUAACGAUGUACAUAUGUCUGAAGACGUUGACGAACGUAGGACUCUUAUUCAAAUUAUGGAGAAUCUGAUUUUGAUGCAUCACAAUUGAAUGAUAAUAAUACUGACUGUUAUGAAGAUGUAAAUUUAAAUAUACAGAAAGAACUUUCCUUACGAGAAUUUUUACAGAUGUGGAGUGUUGAGAAUAAUAUUACUCGAGUAGGUCUUACAAAAUUACUCAAAGGUCUGAGAGCGAAUGGACAUAAAAAUUUUCCUUGUGAUGCACGAAACAUUGUUAGAAUCUCCAAAAACAACGUCAACGAUUAAUAGUUAUUCUGGUACUUUUUAUUAUCGCGGAUUGCAGAGAGCACUGAACGAUCAUUUACGACACACGAGACCUGUGUAUGAACCAACUGAAAAUCAAAUAAAACUCAAUUUGAGCAUUGACGGAUUACCAUUGGCAAAAAGUUCAAAAGCACACUUUUGGCCACUUUUAGGUCAAAUUAUUCACAGUGUUUAUAGAGAAAAACCAUUUGUCAUUGGAGUAUUUCAUGGAUAUUGUAAACCGAGCAAACCUGAUGAAAUCAUUCAUCAAUUUAUUGAAGAAUAUAAUGACAUUCAAGAUAAUGGAUUUCAGUAUGGAGAGAAAAAAUACAAAAUUUUGAUAAAUGCUGUAAUAUGCGAUGCUCCUGCAAAAGCAUUCAUGAAAUGCAUUAAAGGUCAUACAGGAUACUAUGGAUGCGACAAAUGUGAAGAGGAAGGUGAAUGGAGGGAUAAUCGAAUGUUAUUUCUCAAUGAAUACGCUCCAUUACGUACGGAUGAAAGUUUCUUAUUACGACAUAAUGAAGAUCAUCAUAUGAAUGAUUCACCUUUUGAAAACAUAGCAUUGAAAAUGGUUACACAGUUUCCCUUGGAUUAUAUGCAUCUCGUUUGUCUCGGUGUCAUGAAGACUUACAAAAUUGUGAAUUAAAGGAAUAAAGGGUAUUAAAUUGCGUGCUUCUCAAAUAAAUCAAUUGUCUACAGAUUUGAAACUGUUAAUACCAUACAUACUGUUCGCGACUCUCUUUGGGAGAGCUCGCUGGACCGCUGCGGUUGGAAGCAGGGCUGAGAGGACUUAGCGGUGAGAGGCUCGAGGAACGGAUGUACGCGUGAGAGGGUAGAAAUCACGUGAUCGUAACUCGAAUCGAUUGUGUAAAAUACCGUGGUCCGUUUAAUAAAUGUAAAAGCUUACAGUUUGCGCAGUCUAGGGUUUAAUGGGGAUGAUCAGUCUCUGUGUCACUUGCACGGGUCGAUUAUAUUAAUCGAUGACCGGCCUCGUGAUUGUAGAUGCCC